AUGGCGCGCCGACUCCUCUCUGCCGAGGAGGACUCUGGCAUUAACCAGCGUCUCUAUCCUUGCGCGGGUGUUCCCGGUGACGUUGGCAACGUAACCGACUGGCCCCUCAACGGCGGUGGCAUCGAGCUCGAGCUCCACCACCCUUGGGCUUACAUCUUCGUCAACCUCGGCCUCGGCCUCAACCAGUCCAACUUCAACAUCUCCCUCACCCCUCAGUUCUGGAACGCCACCGGUAACGGCACUCUCUGCGUCCCCACCCUUCCCGUCGACCUCGACAUCCAGGAAGGCCAGGAGGCUUCCAUCCAGGUCGUCACCAGCGGUGAAAGGGGCGACGCUCUUUACAACUGUGCCAAUAUCCGCUUCACCAAAGACGCCAAGCCUUUCGGCGGCGCCGAGUGCAAGACUAACGGCGUCGAGUACUACGCUGUCGGCGAGGUCCAGGACCCCGUCACCAGCACGGGCGAGGUUCCUGAGCCCUCUAACCAAAACCAGAGCUCCGAUGCUGGCGACGAUUCUUCCAGCGGAGGUGAUUCCGGUAGCAGCGCUGCCAUGGCUGGCGUUUCUGUCUAUGCUCUCACCUCUACCGUUGGCCUCGCCAUCGCUUUUGCUGCUGGCUUGACCCUUUAA